AUCAUCAUUAAUGAUUGUGUGAUUGUAGCGCUGUGGGCUGUGGCGCGCUUUUAUGAAGAAGACGAAAUCUAGCGGUAAAGCGUCGUCUUGUUGUAGCUCUAAAGUUGAAUACGGAGAGUUGUAAAAAGCCGUUUACUGCCGAAGGGGUCACGUAAUGUUUAUAUUCUCAACUGUUGACGUUGCCGAAGGGUGCAAGGAAAGAUGACAGAUCUUCAGGCAGCCGCGUGCAAUUAUGAGGAAGCAGAAAGUUAUGGUCCUUUGAAGAUACAUAAGCUUGAGGGGAAUGGUAUUUCUGCGUCUGACAUUAAAAAACUGGAAGAAGCUGGAUUUAACACCGUGGAGGCAGUAGCAUAUGCUCCAAAGAAACAGCUUCUGGCGAUAAAAGGUAUCAGUGAAGCCAAAGCUGACAAACUCUUGGCGGAGGCAGCAAAGCUGGUACCAUUAGGAUUUACAACAGCAACGGAAAUUCAUCAAAAACGCUCAGACAUAGUCCAGAUUACAACUGGCUCGACAGAACUGGAUAAACUUCUAGGUGGUGGCAUUGAAACUGGAUCCAUUACUGAGAUAUUCGGGGAGUUUCGGACUGGGAAGACACAGCUGUGCCACAUGCUGGCUGUUACCUGCCAGUUACCAAUUGAGCACAGCGGAGGGGAAGGAAAAUGCUUGUACAUAGACACAGAAGGGACAUUUCGUCCCGAACGGCUAUUGGCAGUGGCAGAAAAGUAUGGCCUUUCAGGGCCUGAUGUCUUGGACAAUGUUGCCUAUGCCAGGGCCUACAAUUCAGAUCAUCAAACUCAACUUCUAAUACAGGCAUCAGCCAUGAUGGCGGAGACUCGCUAUGCCCUUCUGAUCGUGGACUCUGCCACUGCUCUUUACCGGACAGACUAUUCUGGGCGAGGAGAACUCAGCGCCCGCCAGAUGCACUUGGCACGCUUCCUACGUAUGCUCUUGCGCUUAGCGGAUGAGUUUGGAGUUGCAGUGGUAAUUUCCAAUCAGGUCGUAGCCCAAGUGGAUGGGGCAGCCAUGUUCUCGGCAGAUCCCAAGAAGCCCAUUGGAGGUAAUAUCAUGGCCCACGCAUCCACUACGAGAUUGUACCUCCGUAAAGGCAGAGGAGAGACACGCAUCUGCAAGAUUUACGACUCUCCUUGCCUUCCUGAGGCCGAAGCGAUGUUCGCCAUUACAGCACAAGGAAUCGCCGAUGUCAAAGAAUAAGGUGAACGUCAUGCCUGCCUCUACUGUACAGUGCCUCUUUUCCCUGCCUAUCAUUACUUAGUUGACUUGAACAGCUACGAAUAGAUUGAAUAAAACCCUAAUCAUUCAAGUUGA